AAGAAAUUGACGCAGGACUCACUUCAUUUUCAAAACAAACUACAAGUAGUGCUAGUUCAACUGAAGCCCACUUCUAUCAAUUGAGGUUCGAGCUGCGCCCUUUUAUAAUUUUCUACCUCGCAAGAAAUAACAACGAUGCGCAUGCGUGUGAUCUUCGACCACCUAAAUCAAUUUUAUUGCGUUUUAUUUUUCUCCGUCUCCCUUGCACACCAGUUGUAUUAAACUACAAGGUAGCACAAGUAGAAAAUAAAUGAUGGUGGGACCACUACUUGCGACGCGAGGAGAUGAAAAGUCUGCUGCGCCCCCUCUCGGUACUAGCAGUUCUGCUAGCGGUUUCCAUGUUCACGCGGUGAAGAAGAUCAUUUUUUGCCCGCUUCUUCUCGGGUGCGCGCUCUUCUACUUCGUCAACGGGGCCGAUCGUCCUCGGCGCCGUGCGUCCUCGGCGCGCGCCGUUCGUCCUCGACUCCGCGCAGCGCAGUCGACACUGGCGCGAAGAUCGUCGUCGGCACCGGCCUAUGAAAUGCCAAUAUGUCUGGGUCUGGAAGGGUUGGAAUUUCAGAUGCUUUCUCUCAUCUUCUCUCAACGGCCACACAAAGAUCUGCUAUAUCUAUAAAUAGAAUAUGCAUGAACAGGAAAUGCAAAACCUGUCCACUUUUGGCCACCGGGACAGAGGAUUUCUCAUGCAGAAUAGGCAUUGCAAAGCCGUCGCAGAAGAAGAAGAACCUAUGUUCUAGUGCCGGGCUCGAGAAUGAUCCAGAGGACCUUCUGGGCGGCCAUACAAAACCUGCGUGACUACAUUUUCCAGACCCAGACAUAUUUGCAUUUGAUAAGGCCACUAGAAGUACUAGCUCUGCUGGUGCGGUCGUCCCGACGGCGGGCGGCAGGCGUGCUUCCAAAAGGUGGAGCAUGGGAGAAGAUACUAGUAGCCGCGUGACACCUUUUUUACCGCCCCGCGACCUCGCGCAGUGGUCAGUGGCUGCAGGGAUGAUGCACCAAGUCGCGAGGCCGCGGCUUGCCUGGCUGCAGAGCCUUCAGCAAAACGCGGACCCAGAAUGGACCAAGGACGAGAAGCGCCGCGGGGAGCCCUUUCCCUCGAGCCUGGAAUUUCUGAAGACCGCGAUCAAGCUCUGGACCAAUGCGGAAUACGACACUUCGCACGAGCAGCGCAAUUCGAUUGUGGCGACAUAUGGUGAGCCCGACACGUGGAACGUCUCAGACGCGUUGCGCGCACGGAGAGGCGGGCGGCUCCGAUUUCGUUUUGAUUUUUGCAGCAAUACCCCUCCAGCAGGGCAAGACUUACCUAUGUCGUGGGGACUCUGCUUUCAUUCCUCGUUCAGCGUCACAAACUGGCGAGUGACCGGCGUGGAAAGCUUGGAACGCAUGUUCGAGGACAUGCGUGGCCUUUCCUUUCCGCUCUUCUGGGAUGUAUCUCAGGUUACAAACAUGGACGGGAUGUUUCAAGGCAGCGACUUCAACCAGGAUCUCAACACUUGGAAAGUCGAUGCUGUUACAACCAUGCGGUCUAUGUUCCACGACGCCUCUAACUUCAACGGUGAUCUCAGCCGCUGGGACGUGCGUUCUGUUACAGACAUGAGCCAUAUGUUCCGUGGCGCCCAGAAUUUCAACAGGGAUCUCAGCAGAUGGAACGUGAGUGCUGUUACAGACAUGAGAUCGAUGUUCGAGGACGCCUCGAACUUCAACGGUGAUCUCAGCCGCUGGGACGUGCGUUCUGUUACAGACAUGAGCCAUAUGUUCCGUGGCGCCCAGAAUUUCAACAGGGAUCUCAGCAGAUGGAACGUGAGUGCUGUCCAAAAUAUGAGAAACCUGUUUUUCGAAGCGAGCACGUUUAACCAACCCAUUGACGCAUGGGGAGAGAAGAUUGCGCUUGGGACGGAUUUGUCGGGGAUGUUCGGCGCGCAUGUGAACAACCCUGGCACUGCGUUCAACCAAAGCUUGAGAAGCUUUGAGCCGUUGAUCAGCGAAGCCUCCUCUCGCACCUACAAAGAUAUGCUUUUGGGCGCGACGAGUUUCGAUUGGGGUGCAAACUUCAGCAGAAAUUUUUUAUCACAGCGGGAAGGACGGGAGGUGCUGAGGCUACUAGGGCGAAGAUAA